AUGCAAGGCUCAUACAAGGGUAAUGGUCUCCCCAGGCCUUACUACAUGUCCCCAUCAGGUUCUAAGAAGAAACUGUCUCCAUAUGAUCAACUUCCUCGUCAGUUUUUCACUUCUCCUCGUCGCAGAUUAUCAGGUUAUUUGAUUUUAUUGGCAGUUAUUUCACUUUUGAUGUAUUAUAUUUCAAUGGACGUUCGUUCUUCUGCCGUCGACAAUACUUAUGAAAUCGUUUCUCAUGAUGAACUGGAAUAUGACGAUUCUUCAGACCCUGCUAUCCUAAAUAGUGGAGCAGGUAACAAUGCUGCUGGCUCUAUUGCUAAGGCUAAACCUGGCUUGAGUGCCCCAAAGAAGGGUUCCACAGGUGAAAACUUAAACCUUGUGGCAGACAAGGAACUGGACAAUCCAGAUUUGGCCAGCAACUUAGCUAGUAAUUCUAAGGGUGAACUUGGAUUAGGUGUUAACCAAGCUCCUAAGGGAGGGAUUGCUAAUGAAGCACCUAUUGUUGGAUCAGAUGAAGACCAGAUUAUUGGAACCGGGAAGGGAUCUAAAUUUAAGAAGAAAAUUGAUGUGGAUCCUACAGGCAAGAAAUCGAAAGAAGAUGGUACUGUUGGUGAUGCUGAUAUCGAAAAUUCCAUUCCCAAUAAAAAUUCUGGCAAGAAAGAUAUAAGUGCAGAUAUCAAUGGUAAGGUACAGGUCGAUGUUGAUCCUAGCUUGCUGCAAAGAACAAAGAAAAAGACAGGCUACAAAGCAAGUAAGAAUGGUGAAAACCCAGAAGAAGAUGACACCCCAAAGAACUCAUUUCAAGCUCAAAAGAAACAACAAAUGGAGGAAUUGAAGCAAAAACAGGAAUUGGAGAACCCUGAGGAAGAAGUUAAUAUUAAAGAAGAUAAGGUGGCCGAACAAGAAGAAAGCAAACCAGGACACAAAGCUGUUAGCAACGAACCUCCAUCCAUUGACAAUGCUUGA